GGUAAAACAAAGAAGAGGUCAGAAAAAUACAUUCACAAGAGUUGAGCAACGUGCAUAGGUGGGAAGUUUCCAUGGAACUACUUUUGACCUUUGCUCUUUGUCUACCUUCUUGUUUAUAAUUGUCUUUCUUCACACCUUAAUUUCCUGUUCAGAUCUUAUUUCAUCCACAAACACUUUGAUUUUUUUCAUUUCUUAAGAUCAUCAGACCUUUACAAAAACCUCAGGGUUUAUUGUUCCUUUUUACCUCAAAUUGGGUUUUGUUGAGAUCUGAGAUUUUUCUUAGGUUGUAUUGAAGUUUUUGAGGAUUUAAGGUAACCCCACUUGCUCUUUUCUUGAUUUCUAUGUAAAUCAUUUAUCAAAAUUGGAUCUUGAUUGAAGUUUGACUAGUAUAGUUGCAAUCUUGAGAGACCCUUUUGGUGGUUUAGCUGUGAAAGUUGAGAUUUUUGUGUACUGAUUUGGUUGGGAAAGCUGAAAUUUUGAGACCCUUUUAGUAUUAGGUGAAGAUAAAGAAAAUUGGAUCUUCACCUUUGAGAAUUUGGAGCUUUUGUUGUAUUAGUUUGGUGGGAAAGUUAAGAUCUUGAGACCCUUUUGGUGCUUUAGCUGUGAAAGUUGAGAUUUUGUUGUACUGAUUUGGUUGAGAAAGCUAAGAUUUUGAGAACCUUUUAGUUUUAGGUGAAGAUAAGGAAAAUUGGAUCUUCACCUUUGAGAAUUUGGGUUUUUUGUUAUAGUAGUUUGGUGGGAAAGUUAAGAUCUUGAGACCCUUUUUGGCUUUUGAAGAUCUGUUCCAAUGGGUAAUUGUUGUGCAGUACCACAAACUUCAGAUGCAGAGGUGAAGAAAAGGGGAAAAAAUAAGCCAAAUCCAUUUUCUGUUGACUAUGCUCCUGGGAAUGGUGGAAACAAGUCCUAUGUGUUGGAUAAUCCAACUGGCACGGAUAUUGAGGCUGCGUAUGAGCUCGGGCGUGAGCUCGGGCGAGGUGAAUUUGGGAUUACAUAUUUGUCUACUGAUAAAGCAACUGGUGGUGUGUAUGCUUGUAAAUCAAUAUCCAAGAAGAAACUUAGGACUCGAGUGGAUAUCGAGGAUGUAAGGAGAGAAGUUGAGAUCAUGAAGCAUUUGCCUAAGCAUCCUAAUAUUGUUACCUUAAAGGAUACUUAUGAGGAUGAUAAUGCAGUCCAUAUAGUUAUGGAGUUGUGUGAGGGUGGUGAACUGUUUGAUCGGAUCGUUGCAAGGGGGCAUUAUACUGAGAGAGCAGCAGCUGCUGUCACUCGCACAAUUGUUGAAGUGAUUCUGAUGUGCCAUAAGCAUGGGGUGAUGCAUCGUGACCUCAAACCUGAAAACUUCUUGUUUGAAAACAAGAAAGAGACAGCACCAUUGAAGGCAAUUGAUUUUGGUCUCUCAGUAUUCUUUAAGCCUGGUGAGAGAUUUAAUGAAAUUGUGGGAAGUCCGUACUAUAUGGCUCCUGAGGUGCUGAAGAGAGACUAUGGUCCAGAAGUGGAUGUAUGGAGUGCUGGAGUAAUUCUCUACAUCUUGCUGUGUGGUGUCCCGCCAUUUUGGGCAGAAACUGAACAAGGAGUUGCUCAAGCGAUCAUUCGUUCUGUUGUGAAUUUCAAAAGGGACCCUUGGCCUAAGGUCUCCGACAAUGCAAAAGACCUUGUGAAGAAGAUGCUUAACCCUGACCCUAGCAAGAGGCUUACUGCUCAAGAAGUUCUAGAUCAUCCCUGGAUACAAAAUGCAAAGAAGGCUCCAAAUGUUUCUUUGGGUGAAACAGUGAAAGCAAGGCUCAAGCAAUUUUCUAUGAUGAACAAGCUAAAGAAAAGAGCUUUAAGGGUGAUUGCUGAGCAUUUGACGGUGGACGAAGUGGCUGGAAUAAAGGAGGGAUUCCAAUUGAUGGAUGUAGGUAACAAAGGGAAGAUUGACGUUAACGAGUUGAGAGUUGGGUUGCAGAAACUUGGCCAUCAAAUUCCGGAAUCUGAUGUACAGAUUCUUAUGGAUGUUGGUGAUGUUGAUAAAGAUGGAUUUUUGGACUACGGGGAGUUUGUAGCAAUUUCAGUCCACCUAAGAAAGAUGGCAAAUGAGGAGCACCUGAAGAGAGCAUUUGACUUUUUUGAUAAGAACCAAAAUGGAUAUAUAGAAAUUGAGGAGUUAAGGGAGGCCUUAGAUGACGAGAUUGAAACCAACAGCGAAGAAGUUAUCAAUGCUAUUAUGCAAGAUGUAGACACUGACAAGGAUGGACGGAUAAGUUACGAUGAGUUCUCUACAAUGAUGAAGGCUGGCACAGAUUGGAGGAAGGCGUCAAGACAGUAUUCACGAGAACGAUAUAAUAGUCUCAGCUUGAAACUAAUGCAGGACGGAUCCUUACAAAGCUAGAUAACUUAAGCCAAAGAGUUUGAAAUCUUGAAGAGAACUCACCUUUUGGCUCUCUAAAUUCUUCUCCGCUUUCCUGUUCAACUAUCGUUCUGCCAUUUUUUUUUUAUGUUUAUGUGAAUUUUCUUCUGGGGUUGGAUAAAUAUCAGGUCCCCAACAUUCAUGUGUUCUUUGAGUUGUAAUCAUGUUGUGGUUUUUCUUUCUUUUUCUCUUGGACGAUCCGAGGAAAUAUGAUUAAGGAUAGAAAAGGUGAUUAUUGUGGUUGUAUAUAGGUUGACAUGUAUGCUUCAAUUAUUCAGUUAUGGAGAUUAAUUAUUUAAUGAACAGAGCAUUUCUGAUUCAAAA